CACCUUUUCUCUUGGUCUUGCUGUCACUUCUGCGCCGCUCUUCAUCUCGCACCAUAAUCUUCUCCUCCAAUUCUUUGCUGCAAGCGUGCUGUGCUGCGCCUCCACCACGUUCCAUUCCUCUUGGCUUGAACAGUGCCAGCGGGUUCCAUUGAUUCCACAACGGGUUCCUUUUUCACGGUUCACCAGUCACCACAGCUCGCAUCAUAGAAUAGAGUUAUCCUUGACCUACCGAGUCCGGUGACCGACCUGCCUUCUUAUUCAGCUAAUACCUUGAUCCACCUUUCGACCUCUUUUCUCUUCUCCUAAGAUAUGAGUGAGUGACAUCCGGCCCUAUCCCUAGCCCAUCUAUCUGUCAGGACGUCACGAUCCACCCUGCCUCGCUCUGACACUGAACUACUCGGCCCUUCUUGGCGCAUCGCUGACAAGAGAGAAAUAAAGACAAGGUCAAGUCCCAGUUUGGACGCGCUGGACGAAGCUCAACCGGAGGAUCACGCAACUCUAUGGAUCGUGGUCAAGAACGUGGCGCCAAU